UGAAAUAGUAGCGCGCAUGCGCAGCGCUGCAGACCUCGACUAAAUUGAGGUCUUUGUUGAGACCAAUAGACAAAUCUUGCUCGAGCUUCUCAGAUAUCUCAGAGAUAUUUGGCGAAAAGACAACCGUGUUAUAUGCAAUCGCGACUCUGCGAGCCUGACGUAACUCCGAACACGAACGCGAGGAUAUUAGCAGAGCUGACAACAUCGGAUGUACACAAACAAACCCAUCGCUAGCGUUUUGAGGUGGUAUUUUUAGCGUAGCUCGAUUUUAUUUAUUUACCAAUCACGACAAGCGGUUUGCCGACAUGGGGAACUGUCAUAAUUAAAAGGAGUAGAUCUCCUCUUCACCUCCAGGAUAUCAUGAAAGAGGAGAGGGGUGUUUGUAUGGAAAGGCUGCCCAUGGCACGCAGAAGUGGGGUUCAACUUUCCAGCAGCCUCGUCCAUACUGAGGAGAAGAGGGAAGCAGAAAGAGGAUAUUUGUGGGCCAGCUUUAUUUCACAUAAAUAGUCAAGCUGCAAUAUUUGGGAUCAGGUGGGAGAUGGAGAGUGUCGGGAAAUUCGAGUUCAGCAGGAAGGACCUUAUAGGACACGGUGCCUUCGCUGUGGUAUUCAAAGGCAGGCAUCGAGAGAAGCAUGAUUGGGAAGUUGCCGUCAAAUGCAUAAACAAGAAGAAUCUGGCCAAAUCUCAGACUCUUCUGGGGAAAGAGAUCAAGAUAUUGAAGGAACUGAAACAUGAGAACAUUGUUGCAUUGCAUGACUUCCAGGAAACGGCAAGCUCUGUGUAUCUAGUGAUGGAGUACUGCAAUGGGGGAGAUCUGGCUGACUACUUGCACUCUAAGGGCACUUUAAGUGAAGACACCAUCCGAGUAUUCCUGCAGCAGAUCGCGGGGGCCAUGAGGGUCCUUCAGGCCAAAGGCAUCAUCCACAGAGACCUGAAACCCCAGAACAUCCUGUUGUCCCAUCCUGCAGGCCGAAAGUCCCACUCCAACAACACCUGCAUCAAGAUAGCUGACUUUGGCUUCGCACGGUACCUCCAGAACAACAUGAUGGCUGCCACACUCUGCGGGUCCCCCAUGUACAUGGCACCUGAGGUUAUUAUGUCACAGAACUAUGAUGCCAAGGCUGACCUGUGGAGUAUAGGGACCAUUGUGUUUCAGUGCCUGACUGGGAAAGCUCCAUUUCAGGCCAGCAGUCCCCAGGACCUCCGAUUGUUUUAUGAGAAAAAUAAAACUCUUAGCCCAAACAUUCCCAGAGAAACUUCCAGCCAUCUUAGACACCUGCUGCUUGGCCUCCUGCAGAGGAACCAUAAGGACCGUAUGGACUUUGAUGAAUUCUUCAGACACCCUUUCUUGGAGGCAAGCUCCUCUAUGAAGAAAUCUGCUCCAGUGACCGUGACUUGCUUUCCCAAUUCAGCCUCUGCAAGCUCAUGCAGCAGUUCGUCUACUUCACACCUGGCCUCGCCUCCUCAAUCCCUUGCAGAGAUCCAGCAGGUCCGUGCCAAGGCGUUAGCCUCCCCUACCCAGGAUUCUCCAGGAUGCCUGCUGAAGGACUCGGGAGGUGGUGGCGGCGGCAGCAGUAGCAAGAACUCGUCCUGUGACACUGAUGAUUUUGUCAUGGUUCCAGCUCAUUUCCCCAGUGAGCUUACCUGUGACAUGCCGACAGGAAAGGUUUUCCAGGACAGUCUGAUGUAUAGUGGGAGUUCUCUUCUGGCAUCUGGAGGUCAAUGCAGUCAAGGAAAAACCCCGCCACGCUCUCCCUCCUACAGCAGCUCUCCAGGACCCAGCGGCAGGCCAAGUGAGGUUUCUGGGAGUAACUAUGGCAACUAUGGGCAGUCCGUACCCAUUCCAGUCCCCACACAGAUUCACAACUACCAGCGCAUGGAGCAAAACCUCCAGUUCCCAGGUCAAGAGGGCUCUCCACAGUCUGGCACAGUCCAGAGAUGUGGUAGCGGGAGCUUUCUGGCUUAUGGAAGGACAGGGCCUUCUCCUCCUCAGUCUGGUUCUGCUCUCACUUCCCGCAGGCUGUCUACAGGAGGCGCGAAACCCUUCCAGCUCUCUCCACAGGUGGGCACAAUUCCUGAGUUGCCAGGUCAAGUUUGCCCAACAACUGCAGAAAUGGGUCACAGGGGCUCUCGGGGUGGAGAAACCAAGGCUCGGCAACAGCAGCAGGAUCUGGGCACUCGGCUCAACAGCGCCCCCUGUUUGCUGGAGGCGGCUGGUGGGUGCAGGCAGAAGAUCAGGAAGCAGCAUUCAGACCCGGUGGUGGCCCCUCAGGGAAACAUGAUGCCCUUUAGGACCCUGCACUCCUCACCCAGGCUCAGUGAACUUAUGCAACGCAACCCCCUACCAGCCAUCCUGGGUUCUCCUUCCAGAACCAUGCCCCCAUUUGAGUUUCCCAAGCCCCUGAGUUCCCCAAACAUGGUCACGUUUCUGACCCACCAGGGCCUCAGACCAGCUCAGGGAGAGGCUAGUUUGUCACCUGCCUACCAUUCUGAGGAGAAGAAAGGCUUUGAGAGGUCUCAGAGUGCCAGCCGCCUAUCUGAUGUGCUGCUGAUGGCAGCGUUUGGGGGGCAGAGAGGAGAAAGAGGCAGCAUGGAGAAUAUCAACUCUGACAGAGCCAUAGACAUCACAGCGCCACCUGGUGGUGGAGGCUUCGUGGUGGGCUCAGGUAGCCCUGCUCGAGUGGUGUUCACCGUGGGUUCUCCUCCCAGUGGAGGAACACCUCCUCAGAGUUCUCGCUCAAGGAAGUUCUCAGCAGGCUCUUCAAGCUCCAUUAGUCCUGUAGGGUCCCUCAACAGCCGCUACCCACAAACAGGCAUUUGCAUGGACGGCUACGAGGGGCCCUCAAGUCCCCGCUAUGGGUUCACUGACCCCAUCUCAGCCGUGACUUUUGAAGCCCCUGAACUACCAGAGGAGACCCUAAUGGAGCAAGAACACACGGAGACUCUGCGCAGGCUCCGGUUCAUGCUGGACUUUGCUCGCUGUAUGGUGGAGGUGGCAGGAGCCCGGGGUGGAGAGGAUGCCCAGGCCGACCUCUCUUCCACCAGCCUGCUCCAGCAGCAGAGUUUGGUUGCCGAUCAGGUCAGCUCUCUGAGCCGAGAGUGGAGUUAUGCUGAGCAGUUGGUGCUUUACAUGAAAAUUACAGAGCUUCUGUCAUCUUCACUACAAACAGCCAUGGAAGGCAUCAAGCAGGGAAAACUCUACCCCUCAACCACCGUCAAACAAGUGGUGAGGAGGCUGAAUGACCUGUAUAAGUCCAGCGUGAUGUCCUGCCGUUCUCUGAAUGCUCAACUGGAGCGAUUCUUCUCCCGUAAACACAAACUCAUGGACCACAUCAACAGCAUCACCGCAGAGAGGCUCCUUUUCAGCCACACUGUACAGAUGGUGCAGACGGCUGCUCUAGAUGAGAUGUUUCAUCAAGGGGAAGCAUCAGUUCAGCGCUACCAUAAGGCCUUGCUGCUCAUGGAGGGUCUGUCUCUCCUCCUCACAGAUCAGGCUGACAUCCUCAGCAUUAGCAAGUGUAAGCAAUGCAUCGAACGCCGUCUCAACGCCUUGCAGUCGGGUCUCUGUGUGUAAAAUCUCUCCACCACGCAGCUGUUACACCAUCAAGAUUCCCGUUUGUCCCUCGAGCAAUCUUUUUCCAGUGCUGUGGGGGAGGGAACGGCCCUCUGAUUGGACCACGUUAACCUGAUUGACAGCUGAUGUCGUAAUGGUGGAGAGAUGCGAAGAUUUGGAUGUGUUGCCACUUUACAUCAUCACAAACACAGAAGGACAGAAUAACACCUGUGUCAGCUGUCAAGAUGAAACCUGUUUCCACAAUUAUUCUCUCACCGAGUUUAAAGUGUAGUACAAACAUGUUUCUUAGUGCACUUGUUGGCUCACAUAGGAAUGGUUGCGUGUUAUAAAUGGGUUGUGCAAUCUUAGACGAGGUUUAUCCAUCCCGGAACAUCAGUUUCUUAUAUUUUUCUUAGUUUGUAGUCAGUAAUCUGCCUAUUCACUACGUUAACUAGCAGAGAGACGUUAUAGAACACUUUUAAGAUGAUUAGAAGUGAUUUAAUAGUGCAUUUGGGGGUGCUUUGUGUGAUUGAAGUUGAAGUCAUUUUGUUUGGUUGGUUGGUUUAAUUCCAAAUGUCCAGUUAGAAGUAGAUACAGUCUUUGGAUGAAUGUUGCAGACCGGUAAAUGCGAUCUGUGCACCAUUUGAAUGUUAUAAGAGGCCCAAAUACUCCCUCACUGGGGAGUUUAAUCAGAAAUUCAAUGACCAAAUUACAAGCCAUUC